AUGGCUUCAGGAAACUACACGAUGGACCUAGCGAGACUCGCAGCUAGCCUCACCUCUAAAGCGCUGCCAAAGAGCCUAUACGGCACUCUUCCUAUUAUCGUAAUCGACAUCAUCCCAGCUAUGCUGAUCGGCAUGGUUAAACCUGUCUAUAAGUCUUCGACGGAGGCACUAACAAACAUCCACGGCAACGGCGGACCCCAUGGCGAGGACUUCCUCACUGCUCUCGCCGCAGGCUACGAAGGCUGCGCGCGAAUCGGCCUCGCAUCAUGCUCCUCGGUAGAAGACGAGCGUGGUUUCCACAACCCGAUCAUCAACGGACAGCUCGCCGUGGCGGCGGCGGUCGGUAACCUCCUCAGCUGGGACGCCGCGACCAUCGCGUCCGCUAUGGGGGUCGCGGCAUCAAGUUCAGGCGGUCUCGUGGCUUUCCAGACGACGGACGCCAAGACGAAGCAGAUUCACCCGGGCCACGGUGGGCCAUUAGGCAUCGAAGCUGCGCUCAUGGCUCGCGCGGGUGUCACGGGUUCGCCUAAUAUCUUGGAGAACGAGAUGGGGUUCCUGCAUGCCUUUUCGCCGGAACCGACCUAUACGCAAACUCUGGCUUCCCUGAGGCCCUGGUGGACAAGUACAACCGUACUACCAAAGCUCUAA